GGCUUGUAGUCUAUUGAGCCUCCAUCUUUUUACGUCAUUUAGUUUCUAUUUUCCUACAACAGAGGCUGGGAAAGCAGCGGAUUUGAUAAGAUACGUUCAAGAUAUCACUCCGAGGUAUUGAUGUGCCUUCUAUAAAUCGCAGAUAUCAGGUGCAACAUGUCCUACGUCUUCAUCAACGACUCCCUGCAGACCACCGUGCCACUGCUGCAGGCCUGUAUCGACGGGGAUCUCGCUCACACUAANCAGCUCCUGGAGUCCGGGUUCGACCCAAACACCAGGGACUGCCGCGGACGGACCGGACUGCAUCUGGCUGCCGCUCGGGGAAACGUGGAGAUCUGCUCUUUGCUGCAUAAGUUUGGUGCCGAUCUGUUGGCCACUGACUCACAGGGCAACACGGCACUGCACAUGUGUGGCCAUGUAGACACCAUCCAGUUCCUGGUGUCCAACGGCCUUAAGAUCGACAUCUGUAAUCACAACGGAGCCACUCCGCUAGUGCUGGCCAAGAGACGCGGUGUGAAUAAGGACGCGCUCCAUCUGCUGGAGGGGCUGGAGGAACAGGAGGUGAAGUGCUUCAACCGCAGCUCCCAUACCAGUCUGGAGAAGAUGCACAUGGCUGAGAAUGAAAGUGCCAUGGAGAGCCACUCUCUUCUCAACCCACACCUGCAUCACAGCGAUGGCGUGUUGUCCAGCUUCCGCACUACAUGGCAGGAGUUUGUGGAAGAUCUUGGCUUCUGGCGAGUGCUCUUGCUGCUCCUCGUCAUUGCUCUGCUCUCACUCGGCAUUGCGUAUUAUGUCAGCGGAGUCUUACCUUUCGCGUCUAAUCAGGUGGAACUUGUGCACUAAUAUGAAAGCUCAUUAAAAUGAUUUUUUUAAAUCUUGCAUUAGCCGAUGAUUGUUCCUACAGUAACCACGCUUUAAAUUGUAAUCAUACAUUAUGUGACUGAAUUCUAAAAUAUUUUUGUGUAUAUGUAAAUAGACCUUUCAUGUGCUAUAAACAGUUUUUCAUUAUGCUUGUGUUAGGAAGAAUCUUUUUAUUGCCUAUUCUGCACCCGUUCAUGCUAUCGUUUCUGUUUCCAGCCCACAUCACCACCUUUUUAUUUUAUUUAAAUUAUUGGAUUUACACAUUAAUGUUUUGUGAUUGCAAAAAGUGUUUAUCAUGCACAUGCUUUAACAGUGGUGUAUGUGAAAUGGGUUCAAGGUCAUUUCUACAGUUUGGUGGAUUUUAUGUCCCCGUGAAACACUACGGCAGAUUUUAUGUCAAUAUUAACCAACUUUAAUUCCACAUGGUUU